AUGAUUAUAGGUGGUCGGUUUCUCUCUCAAACAGAAUCCACUGAAUUAACCCAUGGUCCAGAGGAUAGCUUUUCGGCAUCAACACCCGGUGAUAUUUUUCGCAGUUUCUCCAACCCGUCCCAAAGCAAUACUGAGGAAGUGCCCUGUCGAUCUUUCGUACCACCCGUUGAAGACAGUUCCUCCAAUCAUCCAGAUCCAAUUUGGAUUGGUUUAAACAACAACACUUCAAACCCCAACGAUUCCUCAAGCGCACUUGUUCGAGCCUGUUUUACUAGUCUUGCCUUGCUUCACUUCGCCGUCGCCUUCUGGACUCGAACCUGGGUCUUUCGAUUUGUUCUACUGGCUCUCCUAAUUGGAUCACUUGCAUUCAUAGUUUCCUAUAUGCAACUCAUUCCGAUGGUACUAUGGAUCCUUAAAAUGGGUCUGGAUUAUAUCAAGAAUGCUAUCCGUUCAUCCCCUACUGUACCUGCUCCUGAACAAACUGAUGCUGUUAAUGGUAGCAGUGAUGUUCUCUCUUAUGAAAGGAGUGAGAAAAGUACGACUGAUAGGGAUAUGCCUGAAGGUUAUUACAAUCCUUCGCUCUACGACUUCGUGGAUGAAUACUUGGACUAUUUGAUCAGUCUGGUGAUAAUCCUUAUGAUGGUUCUCAUCACUCUUCUCUUCACCGUCUUUCUCAUUGUCCAAAUUUACGACGAAACUCUUAACUUGAUAUCCCUCAGCUCAAGUGUACUCAACUCUACUAUUCAAAGUGGCGCUUUCAGUUGGCUACCCGACCAAGAUCAACUGGGCUCCACUGCUCGUUCCGCCAUCAGCAAUGUUCACCAGUUCGGCAGAACAUUCAUUAAGUCCAAGGUUGAUGAGCUAUUUCAUGGAAACUUGUCAAAUAAAAGCGACAUCGAAGAGCGCUUGCUAGUUCUCUGGGAGCGAGUGUGCAUGCAGUUCUUCCAUGAGUCAAAUAGUACUGAAGCUAUUGAGCCCCAACAGGUGAUCAAAUCGAACUUUGUGUUGACAGAAGAACUUGCGAGUGGACUUAACAACGCUACACAAGGCAUAUCAUUGGGGGUUUUGAAAGAGCGUAUUCGCAAUUUGCUCUUUUCCUUUGGCGGCUUCGACUAUCGUGAUUUGGUUGCCUAUUUCCACGAAAAUGUCGGUGAGAUAAUGAACGUGGUAAAUCCACUUUGGCAACUUGUUAGUUCCCAUGCCAGCUUCAUUUCCUCGCUGUUCACGGGCACUGCUUCUCUCUUGCUCACCGGUGGUUCGGUUGUUCUCAACUCCUCUUUCUCACUUCUCAUCUUCCUCUCUACUCUCUUCUACCUCCUAGCUGCGAGUGAACAGACAUAUUUGCCAGUCGACUUUAUUGUUUCUCUAACCCCACAACGAGGUGAGGCUUCACCCGUGGUGCUCUUCUUUUACGCCUCAGUGGAAGCUGCUGUAGCCAGCGUUGUGGUAACAACUCUCAAGAGGACUAUCUUCUAUGGAAUGUACACCGUUCUCACUCAUACUCUCUUCAGUCUGGAUAUCGUUGUUCUCCCUUCAAUAAUUGCUACAAUCCUAGGAGCAAUACCACUGAUGGGCACAUAUUGGGCUGUACUUCCGGGCGUCGUGGAGCUGUGGUGUCUUCGUGGUUCCUAUUGGCAGGCUUUAUUGCUUCUUCUCCUUCAUCUCCUUCCCUGGUACUUCCUUGAUGCGGAGCUCUACACGGAAAUCAAAGGGUGA